CCUCCUAGCAGGUGGGGAGAGGAGAUUGUGUGGGACAAGCUGGUCCUGACAGAAGGUGCCAGGCUGGGGGUGGCAGGGCUGGAGGAUCUUGGCCUGGGAUGGGGAGAGGCACUGCCCAAGGCUGGGGUGGGUCCAGGCUACUGACCUGGGAAACGUGAUUUCCUGGUAACCGGACCCCUGGCAACCUCCCAGUGAUUCAGGCUGGGCCUUUCUGGAUUCUAAUCAGCCUCAAUCUCUCCCUUUCUGUGUAACUGGAGGCCACUUGGCUGCUGGUUUCCGUUGGGUGUUUCUGGACUUUAGAUCUCAGCUCUUGUUUACCCGUCUCAGACCCUUCCCUGAUCUGCCUCCAGCACUGCCCUUCCUUGCCCCUGUCCACUGUCCCUGGAACUUCCUGGGCCCUUCCCUGGGCCUCAGUGUCUCACCCUCCAUCCCGUCUCCCCUUCAGGAUGCUGACGCUGAGCCUGUCCUGGCUGGGCCUCGGGCCCGUGGCAGCAUCCCCGUGGCUGCUCCAGCUGCUGGUUGGGGGCUCCUGGAUCCUGGCCCGUGUCCUGGCCUGGACCUACACCUUCUAUGACAACUGCUGCCACCUCCAGUGUUUCCUGCGGUCCCCAAAAUGGAACUGGCUUUGGGGACACCAGGGCCUGGUCACCCCCAUGGAAGAGGGCAUAAAGAAGUUCAUCCAGCUGGUGGCCACCCAAGGCUUUAAGUUGUGGCUGGGUCCUACCUUCCCCCUCCUCAUUUUAUGCAACCCUGACAUCAUCCGUUCUAUCACCAGUGCCUCAGCUGCUGUUGCACCCAAAAAUAUGAUUUUCUAUGGCUUCAUGAAGACCUGGCUGGGGGAUGGGCUCCUGCUGAGUGGUGGUGGCAAGUGGAGCCACCACCGUCGCAUGCUGACUCCUGCCUUCCAUUUCAACAUCCUGAAGCCUUAUAUGAAGAUUUUCAACAAGAGUGUGAACAUCAUGCACGACAAGUGGCAGCGCCUGGCCUCGGAGAGCAGCGCCAGACUGGACAUGUUUGAGCACCUCAGCCUUAUGACCUUGGACAGUCUGCAGAAAUGCAUCUUCAACUUUGAAAGCAAUUGUCAGGAGAAGCCCAGUGAAUAUAUUGCCACUAUCUUGGAGCUCAGUGCAUUUGUAGAAAAAAGAAACCAGCAGAUUCUCUUGCACACGGACUUCCUGUAUCAUCUCACUCCUGAUGGGCAGCGCUUCUGCAGGUCCUGCCGCCUGGUACAUGACUUCACAGAUGCCGUCAUCCAGGAGCGGCGCCGAACCCUCCGCACUCAGGGUAUUGAUGAUUUCCUCAAGAACAAGGCAAAGUCCAAGACUUUGGACUUCAUUGAUGUGCUUCUGCUGAGCAAGGAUGAAGAUGGGAAGGAGUUGUCUGAUGAGGACAUAAGAGCAGAAGCUGACACCUUCAUGUUUGAGGGUGAGGGUCUCAGUGUGGGACUACAGUGGGGACAGGGGCCUCUCCAUCCCAGCGACGUGGCCAUGUGGUCUCUCCUGGGUCCUAUACCACCUCGCAAAGCAUCCAGAAUACCAGGAACGCUGCCGGCAAGAAGCGCGAGAGCUUCUGAAGGAUCGCAGUGCUCAUCUCAGAUGGAGGAGACCUCUUGAGCAAGAAGUUGACCAAGGCAUUGAAGAGCCCUUCAACCCAACUCAGCCUUCCAAUCUUUAGUGAAAAUAUUAUCCUAUGAAUAUUUAUGACACACCCAAAAUGUGCUAGAAUGGUGACUGUGACUUGGAUUCCACCUCUAAGAGCUUCUGGACAGAGAAGGGAGACAGACCAGUGCAUUAAUCAUUCAGAUACCCCAAGAUAAAUGCAAUGAAAAUGCUGCAGACUGCAGACUCCUGCUUACAGCUCCUUUCCCUUCUCUGAAACUCAUUGAGGUGAAAAGAUCCAAAAAGGGAAUUCAUCUAGAAUAAAUUACCAUUAAUACUAAAGAGAAA